AUGGCCUGGGCUCUGUUCUCGGGGCGCUCCCUGCGCACGGCAAACCCGGAGCGGAUCCUGGACACGGAUCGGGAGCUGCGCGCCGCCCUGGAUAACCGGAUCCUGCUCCUGCUCUUCCGGCAGCCGCGCUGCCCGCGCUGCCGCGAGUUCGAGCCUCACCUGCGCCGCUUCUGGGGCCGCCUCACGGACCCCGCGCGGGUGGAGAGAGCGCAGCAGGUGGGGCUGGUCUACGUGGGGCACGACAGGUGCGAGCAGGAGCACCUGGAGUACCUGAGGGACAUGGCCAGAGCCUGGGUGGCGCUGCCCUACGGGGAUGGCUUCGGCAGGGAGCUCCAGCAGCGUUUCGGGGUCUCGGAGCUGCCGUCCGUGGUGGUUCUGGCUCCGAGCGGCUCCGUCCUGGUUCCCAACGCCGUGCGGGAAAUUCGGGAUUUGGGAAUCUCCUGCUUCCAGAACUGGAAGGAAGCGGCCGAGCUCGUGGAUCGGAAUUUUCAGGAGCGCGAGGAAUUCCAGGGAUGGCCCCGGCGGAGCCUGACGGAUCCGCUGCGGCGCCUCAAGUACCGCCUGUGGGACCGGGAGGAAGAGGAAGGGGAAAAGGAGGAGGAAGAGCGGCGGGAGUAG